AUGCUUUCCUCGAGCUCCCUUCUCACGCUCUUCGCAUCGUUUUCCUGGGCCUUUGUCCACCCCGGAGCACUCCAUACAGCCGAGGACUUUGACCGCAUCGUUGGCCAUGUCAAGAACCAAGACGAGCCAUGGAAUACUACCUGGACACUGUUGUCGAACAACUCGUAUGCGCAGUCCUCCUACAAGCCCAACCCCGUCGAGGUAGUCUAUCGCGGCGACGACGGCACCAACUCCCAAAACUACGCGAACUUAUAUAGCGACGCACACGCCGCAUACCAGCUCGCCGUCCGCUGGAAGAUCUCCGGCGAUGCAGCCUACGCCGACGCGGCCAUCAACAUCCUGAACUCGUGGGCCACAACGCUUACCAGCAUCGGCGGCUCCAGCGACAAGUUCCUCGCCUCCGGCAUAUACGGGUACCAGAUGGCCAACGCGGCGGAGCUAAUGAGUGACUACACCGGCUGGAAAGCCGACGACAAAUCGCAGACCGGGACAAUGCUGACGAACGUGUUUGCGUUCAUGAACAACCUCUUCCUGGACGACCACAACGGCCAGGACUACUACCACUACUACGCGAACUGGGACUUGUGCAACCUGGCCUCGCUGAUGGCCAUCGGCAUCUUCACGGACAACCAGACUAUGUACGACAAGGCGGUGCAGUAUGUGCGCACCGGGCCGGGCAACGGCGCGCUGCCUGUGUUUGCGAUUGCCAAUUUCACUGAAGAAGGGACUGGGAAGGUCUUGACGCAGGGUCAAGAGGCUGGUCGCGACCAAGGACAUGCGACGCUUGAUCUUGCGCUGUUAGGUGUAGUCGCUCAGCAGGCGUUUAAUCAGGGUGAUGAUCUUUUUGCUGAGUACGAGAAUCUUAUUUUGAACAGCGCCGAGUACAUCGGCAAGUAUAAUGUUGGAUAUGAUGUGCCCUACACGCCUUACAUGAGCUACCAGGGUAACCAAUCUGUGAUUUCCGAGUCCUCUCGCGGCACCGUCCGGCCAGGCGCAGAGCUCAUCUCUGCUCAUUAUGGUCAAUUGAAAGGAUUAAAUUCUUCCUGGACUGACGCCUAUCGUGACUGGGUGAAUGCCAAUACAACCGGUGGUGUGGAACUGGGAGGCGGCUACUAUGGAUCGUCCUCGGGUGGGUUCGAUGGGCUUGGCUUUGGAUCUUUGCUUUAUCGUCUGAAAUAG